GGCAAAACACUAAUAUUCGCGCUGAAGUGAGAACCUGCAUGGAUUUUUGUAGAUAAUCUAAACAGCCGGGAUGCCAAGUUUAGGAUCAAAGAGAAAAGACAAUCCAUCCAGGAUGGAUAAAACCACCAAGGACAUGCCGCAGUUGAGCAAUGAGAUGCAACUGGACAUCCUGAACAAGGUGAAGAGUGGAGAGUUAUCGAUCGAUGAUGCUCUGAAGCAGGCAAGGCAGGACAGGGAGCAGCUGAUCAAACAACAGAACUUAGACGACAAGGAACUGGAACCGCAAUCGCAGUACAACUUUAGCGUUCACAAGCAUGGCCACUACAGGUGGCAUAAACGGGUUUUUCAGAUCGAUUUCAGGACCAAAAUGCUGUGCAGCAUAGAGAAAGGAAUUGUCAAGCGGCAACUUCCCUUCUCUAUUGUCAAGAGCUGCGAUGAUGGAGUGGGCUCCAGAUUCUCCAUUUCCUUUAAAGAACAUCAUGAUUAUGAAUUAGAAGCCACGUCGCUGGAGGAUAAACAUAAGAUGAUGCAGCUUGUCAAUAAGAUAAUUUAUAGCAACAUAUACGACAAUCCUGAAGAAGAAAAUGCAGAAUCCCACGAGCCACCUCAGGCGUCACAGAGCAUUCGAGAAGGGAUGCUGUUGCUGCACCGGGGGGGCUUGGCAUCAUUCAGAUGGGCGAAAUAUGAGGCCCAGCUCCUUCCAGGCCAGCUAACACUGGUCCCGUUGAAGGGGUGGGACCCCGCAGAUGGCGAGAUGACAUCGUCUGUGCCCGUUUCCACUGUGAUUCACCUGUCAGACGGUGACACCUGUGUGCAGAAGCUUCACGGCUUCAACACGUUCACUCUAAUCACCCACAAAAAUGAGUACCAGUUCAGGGUGCCAGAUGAAACAGAUCACCCGGAAACUGUCCAGAAGGAGCGGGAUGCGUGGGUCAAUGCAAUUGAAAAACUGUGUUCAGAGUGGAAAAGGAAGUCCAAGAGUUACCAAAAGUCCUUUCUACACAUGAGCAUACCUGAAGACACAGAGGACAAUGAUACAGAUCUCGAGUCCAGUGGUGAAUUCGGUGCCGGCAGCAUCACUUAUCCUCCAGCCGAUAAUAAAAAUGUUGAUCCAGCCCCGACUGGUGGAAAUCAUUUAUCAGGUCAGCAAACCCAUCCACCUGCCGAUCCCACGAAGCCUACUCCUAAACCUCGCAGGAGGAAUUCUCCUGAAAUCUUCAAGUCUCAGCUGCCAUCCACACCCUCUCCCUCUUGUGUUGCCCCGUCAUCACCCACCUCCACUCCAACCUUACCCUGCCAUGCUGUCCUCACACCCCCUUUCACAAUCCCUGCGUCUCCUACCCAUGUAUCAGACUCUUUGGUCGUGACAGACUCCUCACCCACUCGAAGCAUCCCUCCUCCUCCACCUUUACCAUUCAAAUUGGAGACAAAUUCAAUAAAAGCAUCCACCAAGGCUUUCCACUGGGAUCUUAUUGGCUCAGACAAGAUUGCAAAAUCGUUUUGGAUACAGGAAAGCACUGGGAGGAUUGAAAUUGACACAUCGCUCUUGCACAAGCAAUUUGCUGUUAAAGAUCCUGGGACAUUUGGUGCCGUCGAGCCAAAUAAUACCCCGCAUAUUAUGCUCAACCAGAAGAUUGCACACAACUUCAACAUUUUCCUCAAAAGUUUUCCGGUGCAACCGGGAGAGCUGAAGGACAAACUGUUCAUCAUUAAUGAGAAAGAUGGAGGCCUGUCUGAUGAGCACAUCACCUCUCUGAGGAGGUAUGUGCCAACCAUGGAAGAUGUGGAAAUGUACAAGUCCUACAAAGGACCUGUAACAGAACUGCACAUUGUGGACCAGUACAUGAUGGAGAUUUGCAACAUCCCCUACCUGAGCACGCAACUCGACCUGUUGUUGACUCUGAGAGAGCUUCCGAUCAGCAUGAACGACCUGGAGCCCCUGAUUAACCAGAAGAUCAGAAUGUGCACGCAGCUGUACAACUGCAGGUCAUUUGUUUCCGUGCUGGAGUACCUCCUCGCCAUUGGCAAUUACCUCAAUGAGAACGCCGGGAAGGAAAAGGCCAAGGGAUUCCGCCUCUCCUCCUUAACUAAACUCACCCAGCUCCGUGGAAGAGACAAGAAGUUCACCUUGCUUCAUGCCCUUGUGGAGCAGAUCAUGUUGCAUGAACCGUGCUUGGCCACUUUUACUCAGGAGUUGGCAGAAUUUGAAACUGUCCCUGGAGCUUCCAUCAAAGGCUUGACCGCAGAAGUAGAUGUCCUGAAGAAUGAACUGAAGAAACUCGUUCAGUAUAGAAAAACUUCCAAGAAGAAAAAUACAGCAGUUCAGUAUCCAAACUUCUCCAAAGACCUGAAGAUGACAAUUGAGAAAUAUGAUGCGGAUCUUUCGGCCCUGACGAAGACAUGUGAGGAGAUGAAGAAACUGUACUCUGGCAUACUGGUUAAAUUCGGAGAACUGCUGGAUCAAGACUCUCAGGAGCUCUUCGGGUUGAUUUGUCAGUUUGUGCAUGACUUCAAAAGGGCACAUGCUGAAACUGUAUGAGUUACAGAGUAACUGCAUGGAGCACGUGGAUUAGUGAACACUGAGACCACAGUGUUGCUUACUAAAUGAAACCGAUCCAUCUUUGUUGUGACAAAGAGAUACAGAACUUUAUGAUACAGUGUGACUCAUAAUUUGGUUUUUCACACCGAUGUUUGGAUUUACAUUUUUUUAAACAUAUUUCCUGAGUUG